GUAGGAUUCCUUUCUCUUGUUUCACGGUCAAAUAAUUCUUAGCUCGCAUCACUCUCGUUUCUGCCUUUCUGGCUUUCUCCUUUCUUUUUUGUGUUGGUGCUGGAGGAUUUAAUAUUGUUGGUUCGAAUUACUUCAAGUUCGUUUGAUUUCUAGGGUUCUUUCGCUACAACUGCUGCUGUAAUGGAUCUUAAUCUAGAUGCUCCUCAUUCGAUGGGAACCACCAUUAUAGGAGUCACCUAUGACGGAGGUGUCGUCCUCGGCGCUGAUUCCAGAACCAGCACUGGGAUGUAUGUUGCUAACCGGGCAUCGGACAAAAUCACGCAGCUGACGGAUAAUGUCUACUUGUGCCGCUCUGGAUCAGCUGCAGAUUCUCAAAUUGUUUCUGAUUAUGUGCGCUACUUUCUUCAGCAACACACGAUACAGCUGGGACAGCCUGCAACUGUCAAAGUUGCUGCAAACCUAAUCAGGCUUUUGUCGUAUAAUAAUAAGAACAUGCUACAAACUGGCCUGAUUGUUGGUGGAUGGGACAAAUAUGAAGGAGGCAAAAUAUAUGGAGUGCCUCUUGGUGGGACAAUUCUGGAGCAACCUUUUGCAAUUGGAGGAUCUGGUUCCAGUUACUUGUAUGGGUUCUUUGAUCAAGCUUGGAGGGAAGGAAUGUCUAAAGAUGAAGCUGAGAAAUUAGUGGUGAAAGCCGUCUCUCUUGCCAUUGCUCGAGAUGGUGCAAGUGGAGGUGUUGUGCGAACUGUCAUUAUAAACUCGGAGGGAGUGACAAGGAACUUCUACCCAGGGGACACCCUUCCACUAUGGCACGAGGAGUUGGAACCCCAGAACUCGUUGCUCGACACUCUCUCGUUAAAUAGUCCGGAGCCAAUGAGCACUUGAAAGAGUGAGAAUCAAUCUUGCUUUGCCUUGUGAAAUGUCCACCAGAAGUGGUGGUUGAUUUUAACUCUCUCACAGUUAAAACUCUGCACUCGUUCACAGGAUCCAGCUUCCAUGCCUAGAAAUUUACCUUUUCUUUGUACGAAUUAAAGACGUGUAAUGGAUGGUCUUUAUAGUCGCAUCAUGAAAGAUGAACAUUAUCACUGGUAUAAACACACUUUUCUUAACGUGUUCGUGUUGUUUGUAUUUUGAGUA